AUUUGGCAGACUAAGUGGGCAACACUGAGCGCCAGUCUUGAAUAAACGUUUUGCAGAGUGCACGUGUCUUUGAUUUAUCAGUGGCGACGAGGAUAAAAAAAAUUCACAUAAAUUUAAAAAUUAAUUAAACUGUGUUGAGAAAAUUAUAAUGAUUGGUCAAAUUAGUGCAUUUGACGUUAAAAACGGCAAUUGGUCAGCAUAUAUUGAACGUGUGGAGAUGUAUUUUGUGGCAAAUAAAAUUGAAGAUGGCGUCAAAUUACCCACGCUUAUAGCGGUAAUGGGGGAAGAUAGCUACGACUUGCUAUCUACGUUGGCCAGUCCGAAGAAACCUUCGAGUCUAACUUUCAAAGAAGUUGUGAAUUUAAUGGAAACGCAUUUGCAGCCGAAACCUUCAAUAUUAGCGGAGCGUUACAGAUUUCGUCAAAGAAGGCAGCAAGAAAACGAAUCGAUUGCCGACUACGUGGCAGACUUAAAAAAAUUAUCACGGUUUUGUGAUUUCUCAACAACACUAGAAGAUAAUAUUAGAGACCAAUUUGUGUGCGGGCUAAAAAGUGAAUCUACAAGACAGAGGCUGUUUGCCGAGGAGAAUCUUUGUUAUAAAAAAGCCGUGUCGCUCGCGAUAAACCUUGAGGCGGCGGAACGUGACGCGGGCGUUGUGGAUCGUUCACUCAUUGUGGAGCAAGUAAAUAAAAUGCAAAUACGUGAGUGUAAAGCAUGUGGGGACACAAAUCAUCGCUGGGAAGAUUGUGUCUACAAAAAUUUUGUGUGCAGCCUCUGCAAAACGACAGGCCAUCUCCGUCGUAUGUGUACGGGACGAGAGAAGACUGGGGUACGCGGUGAGGGCGUGAUGAACAGCUACGGGUACAGUGGCAGAUCGCGCGGGUGGCGCGGGCGAUGGCGCGGGAAGCGUGGCGGUCGAUCACGUGGCGCCGGGCGCGGGGCCGGACAAGGAGCCCCCGCCGACACCUACUGGCUGCAGGGAGCCGCCGGAUGCGAGGCUGGACCGGUGGCCAAAGCGGCGCCGGCGAGCGAGGUGCGCCAGCAAGAGGAAGUAGACUACACGGAUGAGGAGCCGAUCUAUCAGAUGUCCUUAGCUAAGUACAAACCGAUAUAAGUCGGUGUUUGACGGGACCCUGGGCAGGUACACUGGUGGUACGGUGGCGUUGAAGGUGCGUGAGGACGCAGAGCCUAUAUUUUGCAGAGCGAGGC